AUGAGUAGUGCUUCAUCUUUGAUGGGUUCUCAGGGUACAAGUGGUUCAUGCGCAGGGGCCAUCCGGGCUUUAACAUUGGAGCUAAAAGGCUUGCAGACAUCACCUGUUGAAGGUUUUACGGUGACGGCCAAUGAGGACAAUAUGUUCGUGUGGACUGUCGCUUUGUAUGGUCCACCUGGAACACUAUAUCAGGGUGGCUAUUUCAAAGCAAUCUUGAAAUUUCCAUCUAAUUAUCCAUAUGCUCCUCCAUCGAUCAAAUUCCUCAACAAAGUUUGGCAUCCAAAUGUAUAUGAGAACGGUGAUCUCUGUAUCAGUAUUUUACAUCCACCUGUUGAUGAUCCUCAUAGUGGUGAACUUGCUUGCGAACGUUGGAAUCCGACGCAAAAUGUUAGGACAAUUUUACUUUCGGUAAUAUCACUGUUAAAUGAACCAAAUACUUCAUCGCCGGCGAAUGUGGAUGCAUCAGUUAUGUAUAGAAAAUGGAAAGAAUCAGGUGGUGAAAAUGAUGAAUAUGCACGUCUUGUAAGAAAACAAGUGGAAGCAUCCCGUCUCGAUGCUGAAAAGGAUGGAGUAGUUGUGCCGGAAACAUUAGAAGAAUAUUGCAUUAAAACAGCGCCUAAACCAAAUGAUGAUUGUACAGAUGCCUUCGAUCUCGAUGAAGAUUAUUAUGAUUAUGGUGAUGAGAGUGAUGAUGAAGAAGAAUAUGAAGAAAAUGCGGAAGAUAGUGGACAAGGCGAGAAUUGA